AUGGAAGUAUCUACUAGUGAGGAUGAGACUGAGAUUGUUAAGAACCUCCAAUAUGCUUAUAACGAGUUAUACAAGGGGUGUUUAAAACAAGGAGAGAAGUUGCUUUCAUUGAACACAAGACUCAAAACAAAUGAAGACGAAAAGAAAGCACUUCAUGUGGACUUAGUUAAGUCCAAAGCUCAUAUUUUUGGGUUUGAGGAGGACGAGAAGUCUCUCCAUGACAAGGUGAGCUUCCUUGAGGAAGAGCAUAAUGGGCUUUUAGAGUCUAAGAAAGGUCUUGAAUUUAAACUUAUCAAACUUGAUAGAGACCUACAUGAAUCAUAA